AUGGAAUCCCAAGACGUUAUCCAAUACCUCAGGGAUCAUCCUGAAAUUGAAGACGACCCCUGGUUCUGGGCGGGGUUCAAUGGGCUUGACCCAGCCGACCUCGGCGUCAGCGACAUCAGCUCGUGGAGUGCGGCCUCGUCCCUGCGUUGGAUCAACGAGGGCAAGCCUCUUGAGAGCGCCAAGGUCGCCAACACCGAGAAGGAGAACAUGGAAUCUGCCGUCCUCCAAGAGAAGCUGAAGGAGUCAAGGAGGGUCGAAAUGGUCGCCCUCGAGCAAUUGCGCAAGGUCAAGGAGCAGCUUCAUGAGACCGAGAAGCAACUGCACGCCACCAAGGGACAACUGCGUGAGACCAAGGCCCGCCUCAAGUACUACACCGACCUCCGGACUAGGCAACCGGGAUUCGCAUAUGAGCGCGCGUACGAACAACGCGACCGUCGCGGCCGGCGAUCCGAGGACCGCGGCGACUCUCAUGACCGUCUCGACUACAGCGCUGACCACUCCCGCUCUGCCUACAACUUCCGCGAGUGCUCGUCUGGCCGCCAUACCUACCGCGAACGCUCUACAAGCCCCCGUAACUACCGCCGGAACUGUUCCGAGCGCUCUCCAAGCCCUCGUAACUACUACCGUAGCUAUCGUGAGGACUCCCGUGAGCGUCUCGACGACCGCGCGGACCACUGCCGCUCGGACUGCGACUGUCGUGAGUGCUCGUUGGACCACCGUGACGAUCGCGAGCGCUCUCCAAGCCCCUGGGACUACCGCCGUCACCAUCGUGAGAUCUCCCGCAAUUCUCUCGGCUACCGCAAUGGCACCGACCAGCGCUACGUCGACCUCCCUGAAGGACGCCGUGCUCCACGCCCUCGAACCCCUUCUCCACGUUCUCCGGCCCUCAGCGCUACCACCAUUGGCGACGAUCCACAUCGCUGA